CCCAACGGCUCGUUCAACCUCCAUGUCGUUUGAUAUAAACGAGUAACGAGUUCGCUCCCUCCCAAAAGAGGCUCAGGAAGAUUCAGCUGCAGCCACCAUCCCGAGGAGCAGGCAGCAGGAGCCACCAAGAAUCAGAGCGCAACGGGAACGGCCUUCCUGCCAUAGCCGCGCCAUCGCCAUGGCCGGCUGCUGCGUCUUCCUGCGGUGGCCGUCGGCGUCGCCGUCCCGCAUCGGCUACCGCUCGCUCGACGACGAGGCCGCGGCCGCGGGCCCAUCCCCGGCGCCGGCGGCGGUGACUGUCGUGGUCGGGAAGGAGAGGCGGGCGUUCUCGGUGGACCAGCUCGUGCUCGACUCCUACCCGUUCCGGGUGCUCCUGGAGACGGUGUCGCGGAAGGAGGAGAGCCGGGGCGGGGCCAUCUUCGUCGACGUGGACGCCAUCCUCUUCGAGCACAUCCUCUGGCUCGCCUGCGACGGCCGCUCCGUCUCGCAGAUCCUACAGCUCGACCUCAAGGAGAUCAUCGACUUCUACGCCCAGGACGCCUGAUUCUCUGGUCCGGCGGCCGGCCGGCCUGCCCGUGCCCGUCCUUGGGGUGCGGCUCCUGAUUUCUUGAUCAGAUUUUUUUAUUCAUUUUGUUCUUCUUCAUCUUAUGUGCUAAUUAAUGUGCAUAUUGAUGAACUUCUGUUACAAUGAUACUGUUGGAAAUACACUGAAGUAUAAACACAUGGCCGGUAGCCAUUUCUGACUGACUGCCGUGCACUUCUUUGGUUA